CGUGAACGCCUCCACCGCUGGCAGCAGAUCGAGACCGUGUGCGGCUUCCAGAUCGUCAACAACCCCGGCAUCCAUGUCCUGAUGUCAUCACUGAACCUUGACCCCAGUCUGAUGGGCGGGGCCCGGCCUGCCCCCACCCACUUCUUCAUGACCGAUGACCUGGACGACCUUGAUGAGGAGAUUGUGUCACCCAUCAGCAUGCAGUAUGCCGCAUGGCUGAUGGGACGCAGAUACAGCGAGCGCCCGUCUACCUGCUCGGAGGACUCCGCUCUCUGGAAGUUUACGGGUUUGAGCCAAACUUUAUCACUUCCUGUCUGUCACACCGACCUCCGACCUAUCACCUCUCUGCAACCCAACACUUCCUCCUCCCAGGACCUGAGUCACUCGGACUCGGACUCUUCUCUGCCGUACGGGAGCGAGGCGCGGCUCAGCAAAGUCUCCAGCAGCAAGUUGAUGCAGAAGGAGGAUCCGCCCACCGGCAGCCACGCGCCCAACGGCGCCAACCGCCAUCUUGAGCUGGCCAACCUGGGGGCCCUCCAGAGACUGUCCGAGAGCCCUCAGCUGGGGAAGAGGCUGAUGGAGAAGUCCUCCAGCUUGGGGGAGAUCAGUUUGAGCGGGAACUUCCCGUCCCAUUCCGACUCCUCGAGGUCCCACAGCCCGAGCUCCACCGAGGCCGAAACCCCCUCCCCCGGCACCGAGUCCAAACAGAACCACAAGAACACGCGCAUCCCUCAGCUGGCCGGCAAGAAGAACGUGGGGGAGGAGGACGGCGG